CCGGGAGGUCGGGCGCGCGUCCAUUGGUCGGCCGGGCGCGGGGAGGAGCCGCUGCGCCGCCGAGCCGCCGCGAUGAGUCUCAGCCGCCUGUGUCGCCUGCUGAAGCCGGCGCUGCUGUGCGGGGCGCUGGCCGCACCCGGGCUGGCCGGGACCAUGUGCGCCUCCCGCGACGACUGGCGCUGCGCCACCUCCAUGCACGACUUCUCGGCCAAGGACAUCGACGGGCGCACGGUGAACCUGGACAAGUACCGGGGCUUCGUGUGCAUCGUCACCAACGUGGCCUCGCAAUGAGGCAAAACCGACGUAAACUACACUCAGCUCGUCGACCUGCACGCGCGCUAUGCUGAGUGCGGUUUACGCAUCCUGGCCUUCCCCUGCAACCAGUUCGGGAAGCAGGAGCCAGGGAGUAACGCAGAGAUCAAGGAGUUCGCCAAUGGCUACAACGUCAAGUUCGACAUGUUCAGCAAGAUCUGCGUGAACGGGGACGAUGCGCACCCGCUGUGGAAGUGGAUGAAGGCGCAGCCCAAGGGCAGGGGGACGCUGGGGAAUGCUAUCAAGUGGAAUUUCACCAAGUUCCUCAUCGACAAGAACGGCUGUGUGGUCAAGCGCUAUGGCCCCAUGGAAGAGCCCCUGGUGAUAGAGAAGGACUUGCCCUGCUACCUUUAGCCGCGCCUGCAAGUGCGCCCACCCCGCCGAGCCCGCCGCGCCCCCGGAGCCCCCGCCCGGCGCCCAUGAAGGUCUGCCUACAAACCAGCCCGCUGGUGGGGCAGACCCGAGACCCGCGUGCACCUGCCGGAGGAGGCCCCCGGCCGGCCCAGGCUCGCCCCCAUCCCGCCGCCUUGUUGGAAUAAAGCUACAAAGUGGCCCGAG